AUGAGUCUCUACAAGUCUACCAAUGCCAUCCUAUCCAGAUCGCUGAGAAAUCAGGGAAUCAAGCCAUCGUUCUUUCUCCAAAGGAUUCAUACUCAAUCGCCUUCUUCCACCCUCAUGCCUGCCUUGAAGGAGGAAGCCAGUCAAUUACACCAAUCAGUCAAGCCUGUGGAUGCUCUCCACUCUGCCUAUUAUAACAAUGGCACAGCAUUGCCCGCUCACAUGCGUCAAAAACUGCAUGUCAGAGGCCAAAUCCCUUCUACUAUCGAUUCAUUUGAAAAUCAAGCCACCCGAGCCUUGAAAAUUGUAAGAUCCAGACAGACUCAAUUGGAAAAGUACACGUUUAUGGCACAAUUACGCAAUAACAAUACAAGGUUAUUCUAUAAAUUGAUUAAUGAUCAUAUUGAGGAAUUCGCCCCUAUUAUUUACACUCCCACUGUCGGUGAAGCAUGUCAAAGAUACUCUGAUAUUUACCCCUUUUUGACCCCACCAGGAACACCCGAUGGCCUUUAUCUCACCUUGAAGGAUCUCCCUCACUUGGAUGAAAUCAUUGCUGACUAUAAACAGAGAUCGGGAGAGACACCGGAUAUUACCGUGAUGACAGAUGGAUCUCGUAUUCUGGGCCUCGGCGAUCUUGGCUUGAACGGUAUGCCUAUCAGCAUGGGUAAGCUUCAGCUGUAUGUUGCUGGUGCAGGUGUUGAUCCUCGCAAAACAUUGCCCAUUGUCCUUGAUUUCGGUACCAACAACGAGAAGAACUUGACGGACGAACAUUAUCUCGGUGUGCGUGAAAAGAGGCCCAACGACAAAGUGUUCUACCAUGCUGUGGAUCAGGUACUCAAGUCUUUGAUUCGUGCUUUUCCUCAUCUCUUGGUGCAGUUUGAGGAUUUCUCAAGUGAGCAUGCGUUUGGCUUGUUAAAAGAGUAUCAAAACAAAAUGUUGUGUUUCAACGAUGAUAUUCAAGGCACUGGCGCCGUCAUCUUAUCAGGUCUCAUCAACGCGUUUAGAAAGGUGGAAACAGAGUCAAACGUUCCCCUGUCUGAUCAUCGCAUUGUUUUCUACGGCGCUGGAUCAGCUGCAAUAGGUGUUGCACGACAGAUUCAGGAAUACUUGGAACUGGAACACGGCUUGACAGAAGAACAGGCUAAGAAGGUCUUUUACAUUUGUGACUCAAAGGGCCUUGUCACUGCUGAUCGUGGCGACCGUCUUGCGGAACACAAGGUUUACUAUGCCAGGCACGACAAUCAAGGUAGUCAAUACCAAUCCCUAGACGACAUUAUCAACUACGUCAAGCCUACUACUCUGAUCGGUCUUUCUUCUUCUACGGGUGCUUUUAGUAAGAGUGUGCUUGAACGCAUGAGUCAGAUCAAUGAUCAGCCCAUCAUAUUCCCCCUUUCCAAUCCUUCCACAAAGGCCGAAUGCACGUUCGAGGAUGCUAUGAAGGCCACAAACAACAAGGUUGUGUUUGCUUCAGGUACUGCCUUCCCCGCUUAUAUUGUACCAGAGACAAAGGAGGUGCGCAUGCCCGGACAAGGUAACAACAUGUACAUGUUCCCUGGCUUGGGUUUGGGUAGUAUCAUUGCUAAACCCGAGUCCAUCACGAACCGCAUCAUUCUUCGCGCUGCUAUGGCUUUGGCUGAUUCUCUCACUGAACAAGAGCGCGCUAAUGGAUGGCUCUACCCUGAACUAUCUCGUAUCCGUGAUGUUUCUGCUACCGUCGCAUCCGCCGUCGUCGAUCAAGCUGUUCGCGAUAAGAUUUCUACUGUGGAAGAGCUUAAAUCUAUCAAGCCCAGUGAAUACCAAAACUAUGUCAAAGAACGCAUGUGGACAUCCGACUAUGAGUAA